AUUUAUCCAUUGUGUGAAUUUCUGAGUGAUGUGUUAAGGACAACUAAGGGAAGGAUCAUCGAUCCGUCCGUCCCUCCAUCUUUUCUUAGAUCAUAUUGAACUGAAGUCACUAAACUGUGCAACAUGGGAAAUCCAUUUGGGCCUGACCUCCCCAGGCUCUGAUGUGCAAUCUUGUAGUACUCAACACUGAGGACAUCAUUGACCCAUGAGCAGCACAGACUUGAGUAACAUUAACCAGACAUCAUGAAAGAAUCUGUGUUCCAUAAAGAGGACCGUGUCUUUCUGCGGAGAUCCGGCAGGUUUUUCUGAACUCUGUCUUGAAUUGAGCUUCCUUUGAAGAUGGAUGAAGAACUUCACUACGCCUCGAUAGUUUUCAAAACUAAAAAUUCCCCUCAGAAAGAAGAAACCAGAGACGCUACGAUUUAUUCUGAGUUGAAAAUUAAUCAAAUCAAGUUGGAAGCAGUUUCACGAACUCCAACUGGAGGUGAAGUGGAACCCCAAGAGACCAGACGUUCCCCCUCCUGGGUGCUGUGGUUGGGUUUGGGGAUCCUCUCAGUGCUCCUGAUCGCCAGCGUCGUCACCAUCAUCUACAUCAUUUUGCAGAGGAAGAACCGGCAGGCGGACCUGACGGAUCUGUCGGCUGUAAACGAUCAGCUUCUCCUGCAGAUCAAACUCCUCAGGAACCGGACAGACGAGCUGAGCUCCGAGGCAGAGGAACUCAACCGAACGCUGGGAGUCAUGAUGACGUUUGAAAGCUUUCCAGUCCAAGACUUUUGUCCUGAGAAAAAGUGUCAGCCCUGUCAGAGAGGCUGGAUUCACUUCCAGCAGAAGUGCUACAUGUUUUAUGAGGACAAUCGUUGGUGGAAAGGUUGGGAAGCGAGCCGGACGUUUUGCCAAAAAGCCGUGUCAGAUCUGGUUGUUGUGGAUAACCUGCAGGAACAGGAGUUUAUAGGGAACAACACCAAGUUUUACUACGAUCAGUAUCACGGAUACUGGUUGGGUUUGCAUAAAAGCGGCAGCAGCUGGAUGUGGAUCGAUGGACGGAACGACACGCUCGGCUUCUGGACACCAGGUUCCCAUGAUCCUUUGCUUCAGUACGCUCUGCUUAUCCCUGAGAAUAGAGGAAGCUGGACGCCAGCAAGAUCUCAGUUUUUAAACAAAUUUAUCUGUGAAGGGGAGGCCCUGAUAAAGUCCAACUAGUUCACAGUUUGGACCAGAUUAGCUUCUGUGUUUGUCACAUUUUGUUUUGUCAAUUUGGGGGGAAAUAAUGUCAUUUUGUUUGUUUUUUUCUGUUUCUUUAUGUUGUAAAAAGACUUUAGUUCAUUCCAAUUACUUUUUUAUUGGAGUAUAUGUUUCAUUGAGAUGGUAAUAGCAACAAAUUUGUGUUUAUUUUAAGCUCGUUUGACUUGGUGUCAUUUCUUGUCAUCGUUUGUAAUUAUGGCUUCAGCUUCAUGCAUCUACUUUUUAAAGAAAUUUAAUACAUUUGGUGUUAAAAAAGUAAUAAUAAUAAUAAUAAAAAAAAGUCAGUUUCUGUAACCGCUUCUUCCUGAAGUUACCUGAAGAAGAUUUCGAGCAUAUGAGAGACAUGACAAAUGAGGGACACAGUUGAAACAAGAAAAACGAAUCAAAUGUUUUUGUUGUUUUGUUAAAAGCAGCCAAACUUCAGUUCUGUAAGCAAACUUUUCAAAUAACAACUAAACCCAGUUCAACCCUUGCGGGAGGCAGUUUUUUUCAUUUGAUUGAUUAGUUCUGAUGUUUGAGGUGAUCACAGCUGCAGUGACUGACUGAUGGCUCUUUACAGGGUCUAUAUCAUGCUGUUCUUUGGCCUUUAACAGUAAACUAUAUCCAUAUAUUUGAUGAUAUGUUACAUUUGGCGCGCUAAAGAACAAUUUUAUUAUGAAAUUAGUUAUUUUUGCAGCUCAUUUCUCUACCCGGAAGUAAGACUUCUGCUCCUUGGGGGUGCCGCCCAUUUCAUGACGUCGACCUAGAGGCGGCGUUUCUGCAUUUCGGAAGAACUGUACCUGGCUGGUACUCAGAGCACAGGUUCUCAGAGGAAUGCUCAUAGUUGCAAGAAUAGAGCAAAAUGAGAGAAUUAACAUUUUAAAAAAAUACUUCAAAGAUCAAAAAAUUUGAUUUUGCACGAUCAAUGUCCUUUAAUAGCAAUGAAGAAAGUAAAGAAAAAAAUUAUUUAGCCAUGAAAAAGUUUGAGUUGAGCGCAAUAUUAGGAUGAACCACUAGAUAUCAGUAAAUCUGAGACUUCAGAGGUUGACCAAAGUCAAGAUGGAAAUGUUCAUGUUAAAGAUGAACAGAAUAAAUGUUUUAAAGUUAAACAAAUGACAUGUUUUCAUUUUAUUAUAUUUUUAAAUGUGUUUUUUAAAUUGUUUCAUUCAGGUUUUGUCUCAGAAUGAAGCUCACGUUGCAUCAGGUUUCACACUUGUUCUUAUCAAUCUGGACAUGAACUGCUCGUUUUUUUCCUCAGUUUUCUCAUAAAUUUCACUUUUGGCGGUUUUGUGGUCAGCUUAUUAGCAAAGGUUUUCUCAUCCUUCCUGACGAAAGGUUUCUGUUUCUCCACUUCGGAAUUUACGUCAAGUCUUUGUGUCAUGCUCUUUCUUCAAACACGGAACAGCCGAAUCUCCUGUUGCCACAACGUCACAGACUUUCUUCUGCAACUUUGUAAUCUGGAACAGAAGAAAACAGGAAGUUUCUCAAUUCUGUUCUGGAGAUUUACCAGUUUGACCUAAAAAAUGGAAGAGGAUGCAGCAAAUAAAUGAAGCAGUUCUUUGAAAUAAAAACAUUCAUAUGAUUAGUAAAUGAGUAUAUGCUUUAUUAUACACCACAGACAGAAAAGAAACUUGGAGAAGAAAAGUGUUUCAUUCUCGGAAAAAAACUUUAAAUCAAACUUGAACGUUGGUUUUUAAGUGUUGAAUUUUCAUAAUCUUGUAUUUAAAAUUCUUUAUUAAUAUUCAUGUACAAAAAAACAUUAAAUGGGAGUAAAAUAAUACAUAUUUACCAUUUUCCUAAACUGAAUUCAUUCCUUAUAAAGCUUUAUUUAAUUAAAAAGUAUUUCAAAUGCAUUAUGCUAUUUAUAUAUGCAUUUAGGAGAAGUUAUGUUCUUGUGUUCUUUAUACAUGCUAAAAAUGAAGGACUAAUGGAUAUGUGUUUUUUGUCUCUUAUCUCUUGUAUCAGUUACUCAACAAAUCAUAAUUUUCUCUUUUCAAUAUGUUGCCCAACUUUUUUUUUUUUUAAGUUGGCUGACCAUGUGUUUUAUUUUGUUUAGACAAUGUUCAAAUUACUUCAUUAAUAACUCAUAGACAGUAAACUUCAUGAAAGGUCAGAUUGAACACAUAGAAUUUGAAAAAUCACAGACAAGUUUUCCUUUAAAACAACCUAAUCACCACAGAAAUGUGGUAAAGGUAUAUUUUACAGGGAAGAUUCUAUUUUUGUCAGGUUUAUCUUUAAUGAUAGAAUCCAACAAAGCAGUUAACUACUGACUUAGACAUUUAUUUUUAAUAAAAGCAUUGUCAUUUUUUAAAGAAACAGCAACUUUUAUCUCAGUUUUUUAAAUUAAAACGUAAUAUUGUUCAUCCAUUAGUUCUUACAUUAGUAAUAUUUUAGAAACAAAUUAAACACAUAUCACUAGAUAUGACUCCAAAUACACUGUGUAGUACAGGAAGUAAAGACGUAAAACACUCAAACCAUCACUUUUUCUUUUUUGGGUUUUGAAGAUUUUUUUUUCUUUGAAUGAGGGAUCAUGCAAAAUAAAGGAGCUAAACUAC